AUGGCAGCCAACAAGAACCAGUCAGACUCCGAGCAAAGUGUUAUGACAACUGAACCAUUGGCAGUUCAGGGACCGAAACCAGCCCGCCGAUGGUGGCAUUGGCAUGAGCCUGGCGCCAGCAAAGAAGAGAAGUGGCUCAUCUUCAAGUUAGACGCUGCAAUUCUGACUUAUACCUGCUUGACUUUUUUCGUCAAGUAUCUGGAUCAAACAAAUGUCACGAAUGCUUAUGUAUCUGGAAUGAAAGAGGACCUGGACCUUCACGGAAACCAGCUCAACUGGCUGACGACAUACUUCAACAUCGGCAUUAUCAUCGGAGCACCGUUUUCCACUCUGAUGCUAACCUUUGUUAAGCCUCGUUGGUGGCUUCCUGCUUGCACGAUGGCUUGGUCGCUGUUGGUCCUAGGAAUGCACAAAGCUGAGACUAUCAAGACUCUUUACAUCUUACGAUUCUUCACUGGUCUUUGCGAAUCCGGUGCCAUGCCUGGGUCAUUUUACAUUAUCGGAAGUUGGUAUCGCAAGUCGGAGAUUAGCAGGCGGACUACUCUUUUCUGGUUCUCCUCUGUGGGCGGGCAGAUGCUCUCUGGAUAUAUCCAGGCUGGACUAUAUCGAAACAUGAAUGGUCGCCUGGGCUUAGCCGCCUGGCGCUGGCUGUUCAUCCUCGACUUUUUGAUCAGUGUCCCAGUUGUCAUUCUUGGCCUCAUCAUCUGCCCCGAUGAACCAAAGGCGAAGAAAGUCUGGUGGAUGUCUGAAGAGGAGAGACAAAGAUGUAUCGAGCGAAUGGCCGACGAAGGGCGUGACGCUGAGCUUUUCCAUUGGGACCGUAGGUUGAUCAAAAGAGUUCUGACAUCUUGGCAGCUUUAUGCAUUUUGUCUUGCUUGGGCGUUCAUGGAACUCACUUGCGGCGUAAACCUUCAACGAUGGAUGACACUAUGGAUCAAAUCCCUGCGAGUCGACGGAAAGCCCAAAUACAGCACUGAGAAAGUCAACGCCAUUCCUACCGCAGUUGGAUGUACAGGCCUAGUCUGGAUGCUUCUCAGUGCAUUCAUUGCAGAUAGUUAUCAGAAUCGGGCUCUUCCUAUCUGCAUUCUAGGCUGCGUGCAGCUGUUCAGCUACAUCGUGCUUCUAGUCUGGCCAGAUAACGAGUCCUUCCUGAUGGCGGCUUAUUAUCUCGCCAGUGCGUACAGCGCGCUGUCGCCGUUGAUAUCUGCCUGGUUGAACUCUAGUUGCGGUGGGAAGAAUCAGCUGCGGGCCCUAACUACGGGGCUGAUGAUCUCUAUUGGGUACGCCGUUGAGACUGUUGCUCAGCAAGAGAUGUUUCCUAUUUCGCAGGCCCCCGAGUUUAAGCAAACGCACGGAUACGCUUUUGGAAUUGCGUGGAUAGCUGUCAUGAUCAUCUGGUGCUCUGUGUGUUUGCCAGUGUUCGAGCGAUAUCGUUCUGCUGGCCACCUGAAAUCAGGAGGAGAGUUAUAA